GAUCCCCGCAAGGCGAUCCCGGGAGCGGCGGCCCCAGCCCCGCUGCGUAGGCACCCACCGGGCAGCCCCGCGAGGCCCCCGAGCGUGGUGGUUGCCGUGGAGACGGGCGGCGCAUCCCGGUGACCGUCAAAAGCCUUUCUGAGAGGAAUUAGAGCAAAACACAGAGACUAAACAAAUGGAAAAAAUCACUCAUCUGGAAGCUCUGAUGUUUAGUGCUGUGCUGGAGAACUGUGUGGAUCAACUUGAAAUUCUUGGAUAUAUCAUGCCAGUUCCACACGAGGACAAGACAGAUAUCAACCAUGAAAUGAAAGAAAUGAUCCGGGAGGAGCUGGAUAUUAACUCCCCAGAGCUUGUGUCAGCAGAGCAAGAGAGUGGGGAAGCAGCUACCUCCACAACCCUGAAAAACACUCAACACAAGCAGCAGCAGGGCAAAACUGAAGAUCAAAAAAGCACUUGCCGUUCUUCCAAAAGCUCCAAGAAACGCACCAGUCGGGCUGCUCAGAAGCUCAAAAAAAUUUAUGCUGACAGGCAGUAUGCAAGUGAAAUAAUUACAGUCACUAUUCAAAAGAUGGAGGAACUGGGAACAUUUAGUAGCCUAACAGAUGCUAAUGAGAGAGAGAAGGCAAAAAAGAACAAGUUUUUUGACAUCAUCAAAAGGGAGGAAAAAGGAAAGAAGGAGAUAAUGGCACUCCAGAAACAGCUGCAAGAUGUCAAGAAACAAGCUGAAAAAGACCUUCAGAACCGAGAUAAGGUUAUUGAUUGCCUCAAAGAUAAGCUUCAGGAGAGGAUGGCCAAAUUGAACAUGCAGAGCUACUACAUGAAGAAAACCACAGACCUCCAGACCCACCUAACCCAGAAAAAGUGCAGCAGUGCAGAGGAUGCCCUGGAGACAGAAAUCCAGAAUUUGAAGAGCAAAACUGAUAAGGAGAUUCAACUUCACACAGAGACUGAAAAUUUACUCAUGCAACAAUAUCAGAUGGUGACAGAGAAGUUGGAUUACUGGAUGGAGAAGUAUAAUAAAGACACUACUGCAAAAGAUGAAGAACUGGAUGAUCUAAGAGCAUUAAAGGCAGAGAACUUGGAAACGUUGCAGAAGUUUGCCAAGGAGUGCCUGACAUUCCAGACAACCAUCAUCAUUGACCGGACAGACAAGGAGGCCAAGAGAAAACAAAGAGAGCAGGAAGCCCUGGAGCUGAAGAGUGCUGUGAAGGUGCAGGCCUGGUGGAAAGGUACAAUGGUCCGCAGAUUCCUUGGCCAAUACCAAGAGCUUGAGAAAUAUCUGAAGGAGCAGUCAGGAGAGAAGGGAACAGGCAAGGAAAAAUCUGGAAAAAAGAAAAAAUAAGUGGCCACUGAUGUGCUCCAGGACUGUUGCUGGGCAGGGCGCUGUGGUAUGUCUGACAGGACAAAAUAAACCAUGUAACAGAGCCUGGGCAGUUCUGGACAACGCAGUUCCUGCAGACACAGGUUUGGUGAAGCUGCACUAAAGAUCUUAAAGCUGCCCUUGUACAGCCUUUUUUUUUCCAGCAGAAAGGGGAUUUGCAUCAAAGCAGUGAGAAGCACCCCUGCAAAGUGCUUUAUGGAAACCAGACAGUGGGAGGCAAUCCUGUUACCAGCCCAGUAACUCGCCAGCAUGGGAUGCUCUGCACCCAGAACCUCCUCUGCACCCCCAAGCACCAGCCGUGGCUCUGGGUCGGGGGGAGGCCGAGGCACCCCCAGCUGGGUGCUCUGUGCUCUCCAUGCCUCCAGUGCUGGCAUCAGGUCAGCAGGGGAGAGCAUGGGCAGUCUGCAGUGUAAACACAAAGCAUGCAGGUUUCCAUUCCCACAGUCCUGCACAGCGUCAGUGCACGGACAGAAUAGCUCCACAUACCCUCUGACCAAGGGCAGGAACAAAGGGAAAAGGCAGCCAGCCAUGCUGCCUGCAGGAGCUGGUCUGUCACAGCCGUCCCCACUGCCGAGCACCACUGCAGCUGGGACAGGGCUGAAGGCAGGGAGCAGAGCUGCUUUUUAACCAAAAGGGAAUCCCUGCUCCAGACACCACUGUCAGUCCACGUGCAGGUCUGUGCACAAAGCCCUGUGGCUGCGCUGCCUGGUUUCUGACUCUCAUGUGGGGGAUGAUCUCAAACCAUAGUCUGCUCUGCUCUUUGUGACCAGCCCGUGCUGGCCCCAUCCAAACCUCCUCGUGUCCAACCUGAACUGGGUCAAAAGCUCUGAAGUUCACCUGAGAUAGCUGAAACAGUGAGCAGAGAGCCUGUGGCUCAGAAUUCUGAAGAGAAGGCGCUGGUGCCUUAUCAGGCAGACCUGGUUGUCAGGGGAGUGCUGAAGUUUCAGAUGCUGCACACAAACUGCAUUGAAGCAGAGACAGUUGUUUGAAGCCUGAACAAGUUCCCAUUCCAGCACUGGUACUGAACAAAUUCCCUCGCUCCCCAUGCUCCCCAUGCAGUGCUAAGAGCAGGGGUCCCUCCAGUUCAGUGCUGGCAGGAGCAGAGCCAGGACUGCGCUCACACCCCACUGCAGGAAGUGCCUCAGUGCAAACCUGGGACUUAAGUUCCUAAUUUUAACUCUUCCUGUGCUGCUGACUCAGUACAUUUCACCACAGACCUGUGUGUUCUGUAUGUGAUGGGGGUGUUAACAGGUGGGGGGAAGGUGCUUGGGUGGAAGGAAUGAAGUUGAUCCUAAAACCCUCCAGAGGCUUUGAGCUAGGGAAAGCAGGGUGAGAUGGAGGGCAGCAGAUCUCUGCUGUUUUUGUCAAAUGCCAGGCACACUUUAUUAAUGCACCCAAACAACUGAAAUCUAACGCUGAGCUGCACUUGCUUCUCAGCAGAGAAUGAGGCAGCUCUGGAAACCAAAACAAAGAGGCAACUGUAGAACAGCAUUUUCCCAUGAAGUUGGGGUGCUGAACCUCAGGUUCCCACAUGAGGCCACUGCAGGGUAGUGAUGGGGGCACAGGUGUGUAACCUGACCCAAGACAGGUCAAAAGCAAAGGACAAGAACAAGGAGCAAUGGGACUGGUAGCAGGAAACCCAAAACCCAGAAUGUAUAAUUUACGCAGAGAAGGAAAAAGCAAGGGGCUGUAGAGGGAUGAGCAAAAGAUUCUGUACAAAAUCAGUAGCUGGGAAGGUUGAAAGUACUCCCAAGAAAAAGCUUCUGAUAUGGCUGCAAAAUAUGUGUAAAAAUACUGGGAUUUUCCUGUCCUGGUUAACCAUGAAAAGUAGAAAAUCAGAGUAGGUCCAUCAAAUGGCAGCUGGGAUCAUGUGGAAUGGAAUAAACACCUGACACAGAGGAUGUGACAUCCGUUGGUGCAACAGAAAAUCAGCAAGAAGAAAUACUGCACUUCAUGUAAGUUUUAAAACUUUAUUUCAAAUACCCAUGGUUUCCUUUUAUAUUAUCAAUGUGCUAGAAGUUCACACUACUGGCAGAAUACAGGCAAUUUAAAAUAUACAUUAUUCAGACAAAUUUAUAUGUAACAGAAAUGAUGGAAUGUAUUUACAGACAUACAGCAUGGGAUGAAGCUUUAAAAUCCUUUACUCUAUUACUUACACGUUUACACUGUUUUCAGAAAUAACAAAAUUAGAUCACUUUGUAGAACAUCACAAUAUCUAUACAAAAGAAUUUUUUGAUGUCUAAAUUCACCUUACAAGUCCUCUGUUUCUAAAACAGUUUUUCAAAGAACCAUGUAUAGUCAUGAAGAGGUACAAAUACCAUUUGCCAUCCUGCUGCUACCAAGAACAGCAGAGGUGCUGUGGUGCUGUAAAGAGCUGUCCCUGGUGGAUUUUGAGCAGCAGGCGGGGCCCUUACAAAAGCCUCUCCUUCAAAGGGAGACCCGCGGCUGCUCUGCCCUGGCCCCGCGGGGCCAUUAGGGGCUCCCGAGGGGCUGCUCCACCUGGAGCGUGCGACCUUGCAGAGCCUCAGACAGCGCUCAGGGCUCGCGGCUCUGAGGAUGGAGUGCGACACCACGGAGCCAGCGAACACCAGCAGCACUCAACAUCGAGGUGGAUCCCACCCACAUUCUCCAACACAAAUGCCCCGAAGAGGAAAGUCUCUUCUUUGCUUUAACACACAGAAUAGAACUUUAUACAUGUUUUUUUUUCCAAUACUCUUUUCAAGGGCUACAACAAAAAUUGCACAUAGCUACACUGAAAAAUCCCAACCCAUUUUGCAAGAGAGAACUGAAGUGGGUUUGGUGCUAACACAUUAAAUAAACCGUAUGAUGAAACUCCAGGUUUGGAUUUUUGUCCUAACCAUAUGGACAAGAUUUAGUGCUUGCCAGCCUGAAAACAAAAUUACAAAUGUCAAACUAACAGAAUUACCUACACUGAAACUGCCAGAGUGAAUGUUGCUCACAACCAAGUACCUGGUGCCAGGGUCCCUCUGCCUGCCUGGCCUCCAGCCACAGGUGGCCAUGAGCCACUCACGGCUGUGAGCCACACGCGGCAUUAGGAAAUGGCAGGCCAGAUUCAAGCCCCCACCCCAUUAAAAACUACUGUUAAUUAAAUGACAAAAUUUCCACCAACCUGAAUACUGCUAGGUUUCCUUUUCCUUAAGUGCUGGAGCAAUCACCCCACCCUCACAAUCCCGUUAAGGGAAUGGUUUUCUUCAAACAGGGGUAUUUAAAUAGCCCGUGAUGGGUGUGCUGCUAAAUGCAACUAUCCCUGUAACAACAGGUGACCUAAUGUUGGAAACCAAGAUGAAAUCAGUGUCUCCCUCUCUCUCAAAUACGUGCAGAGACAAACACACAGGAACACUCUGUGUCCGUGGUGUUGCCUGUGAGUGGCAGCAUCUUCCCCUCAGCAAAGUGCAGCAGACACUUCAUUCACCUCUGUGUAACCCUGUGGGAAUGACCAGCGCUCCUCACCAAUGGCUUUAAGUGAAACACAAAAACUGCUUCAGGGGGCAAGAAUGCCUGUGUGGAGCUGCUCCUCCUGUGGGUACUGUGAGCUCCUGGCACUUCCAUUCCCUGCAGGGCUCAGGGCACUGCAUUUGCCCAGCAUGAGGAGGUUUCUCUUUGCAGCUGGGCACUCUUAACACCUUUCAGGUGUUCUUCACUUGGAAUGUGACCAAACAAUGCCAAAAAAAGCAAUUGGAAUAAUUGUGAGAAAUAGGGGAUUCAACAAUCACCACAAUAGCGCUUGAAAGAACUACAUGAAGCAAAACAAAA